GGAAACACUUGGCCGUUGUUAUGGUAAAACAACACAGCUGUUGAGAAGUAUUUUCACAUUUUCGUUGAAAGAAACAGUCUUUUGAUAAUAAAACUGGAGUCAAUGCAAUGAAAACAUAAAAGUGAUCAAUGUUUUUGAAUAGACAGCUACUGUUACAAAGACUGUGAGAAGCCAACGAUCUGUUAAAGGCUUUUUUUUUUUGCCAGUUAGCGAUCAGCUAACAGGCUAAGCUGUUUAUCACCAACAACAAUAAAAGGUAACAUUUUGAUGAACGUUCUCCAGCUACUCUUUGGUCAGAGGUCUUUUGAAAAUGGACGUCAGCAUUGCCGUGUCGCUGAUUCGAGGCCAGAUGCGUGCCGUGGUUGAGCGAGCAGUGAACGGAGCGGUGGAGACGGUGUUGGCUGAGAUGCUAAAAGUGGUGGGAGUCAAAUUUGAGGAGCUGAAAGGCCAUGUGGCGCUGAUGCAGAGGGACGUUGCGUCAUUGCAAAGGGAAAAAGCCCAAAAAGAGAAAGAGAAUGAAAACAUCCGAGCCAAGCUGCGGUAUACCGAGCUAAAGCUAAAAUACUACAGGCAAGGAGUGGAGGAGGAGCUGGAGCAACGAGUGUCUGCCUCCACUCUGGGCCGCAUUCACCCGUCCAUUUACCUUCAAGCACAGAGAGGUGGUGCAGGUGUUUCCUCCACUGAGAUUUCUCCAUCAUGCUCAAUAACGAACCCCGAGGGACCACUGUCAACAAGCAAUCAAGAAUGCAGCUCCCCACACAGCACAAGCAGGCGUGCAAUCGGAACGCUUUGUCAUUCAGAUGUGGGAGAUCUGAGCUCUGACACGUCUGACCUGCUGCUGCCAGUCUCACUCUCUUUGAACACUCCAACAGAAUCUAGUCAGGACAGCAGCACAGUUUUCUUUCCUGUAGAGCGACACGUAGCUCACAGCAAGGAUCAGGAGAACGACUGUAAGUGGACCGUCACUCUGCAGCCACACUCAGAGGGAGGGGACGCUCACCUGGUUCCUCCUCCUGUCCAGGCUCUGGAGCAGCAGUCAGCCGCUGGCUCACCGUCCCCUCAUGUUUCCACCCAGGCCGAUAGCUCCACUCUGCACUCCUCUGCUUCACAAGUGAAGCAGGAGGAGGAGGAGGAGGAGAUCUGCAUAAAGGUGGAGCCAGAGGAAGAGCAGGAUGUGAUGGCCGACCUUCUGCUGGACUGCCAGCUGCAGCAGGGUCAUCUUCCAGAGCCAGAGACUCAAAGGUCAGUGACGGAGUGGUCAGGACUUCCAGAGAGUCAGAGAAAUAACUCUGCAGCCUACAGCUCAGCAGGACCAUGCACUGAUCUGAUGCCUCAGCCUUUGAGCUCCCUGCAGUCCAUGGGUUAUUUACCAUCAGGUAUCCCACAUCGCCAGGCGGUGCGGCCAUGGACUAAAGACCUCAGUCUUUACGAAGAUUUCAAGCUGCGCAGGAAUGAGCUCCGCAAGCGAAGCAUCAACAGACGCAGAGAGCUGGAGAAGACGCUGCCUCAGCCGAUGCUUGCAGACCUGAAGGUACGCGAGCGCCGAGAGAAGACCAGACUGAGAGUGGCCAGAUGGAGAGCGAAAAGGAAACUCCAGGCCUGUGUUAACCAGGCUCCGGCUCCUGAUGGCGCUGCAGGUCUUUGUCAAACUGGUUUUCCUAUCAGCAGCCAGCAUCAGCAGCUCAGAGUGACCUGCGCUGCCACCUCCAACAGUCAGCAGAGACAGAUGCUUCAGUCCAACAACUUCCUCAACAUGUCGAAGCUGCAUGCGGCAAACAGCAUCCCCUUCACUCCCUCCUCCUGCUCCUCCUCUCCCCUCCUCAGGGGCCCCAACAUGGCCCCACAUCAACACACUGUGACAUAUUCAUCCUCUUCCUACCCCCAGGUCAGCUUACUGCAGCAGAGCAUCUCUCUGACAGACACGGAUAUCUUGCAGUGAGAUCAGAGGUUUUUACGAAUGUAUUUGUCAAAUAUGUCAUGUUUGGUGUUCAGGAAAGGUCAAUCAGACACUUAAUCAUUGAGACUUUUGUUGUAAUUUUCUUACCUUUCCAUCACAAAACAACCAGUCUUGUGUACAAGCUUAUCCCUGUUUGAUUAAAAAAAUAAUUGUAAAACCGUAUGUAAAAAAUAUCCUAUACACAGGAAAUGAUUUCAAAUGUGUAUAUAUGUAAAAACCUUCAAAGUAAGUCAUCUUGAGCUUUCCUGUACAUGCCUAGUGCUUAUUUAUUUUAAAAUUAAAGGUUUGUUUGAUACAUGUAUAAUGCAACAUGAAUAAUAUAUGAUUUUGUUUAUUUAAAUGCAUGUUACUGUCUUUUAAAAGUCUAGACCAGCGGCUAAAUGAAGUUCUGAUUUCUUAUUUGGCGGCCCACUUGCAAUGCCUUCGCGGACCACUAGGGGGCCGCGGCCCACAGGUUGGGAACCGCUGGUCUAGACAAGAAAGGGGUUUCUGUACUUUUUGCACUUUGUGUUGGAGUUGAAAUGUGUAAUACACAAAGAAAUUGCCGGAAAAGUAUUGCAAAGACUUGAGGCUGCUAAUAAGAAUUCAAUAUGUUGUAGUUUGUCUAAAAUAAACUGAAGAUUGGCAAUCACCAGAUCAAAAUGAGAAGCCUGUGUUCAGUGACAUUAAAAGGCAGCUAAAAGAA